ACCUUUGUUGAGGGGCGCCUGAACACAGGGCUCAGUCGGUUAAGCAUCUGACUUCGGGUGAGGUCAUGAUCUUGCCGUUCACAAGUUCCAGCUCUGCGUUGGGCUCUGUGCUGAGAGCUCAGAGCCUGGUGCCUGCUUCAGAUUCUGUGUCUUCCCCUCUCUCUGCCCCUUCCCCACUCACAUACUCUUUCUCUCUCUGAAAAAUAAAUAUUUUUUAAAAAUUAAAAAAAAAAGAGUACAUUUGUUUACACCAGAUUUAAAAAAUGUCUUUUGGAUAAUUUCAAUUUGAGCAGAUAAUUGACAUGUGGCCAAAAGGGGACUCACUUUCUCAAAAACUAAUUCAGGCUUAGAAUCUUAGAGCUGCAGGGCCCUCAGCACCCAUUUCUCCUGCUUCCUUCCCUUUUAUUUUGUAGAUGGGGAAACCAGGCUCAGUGCAAAGUCACAUAAUCAGUUAUUGCCAAUGCCAGGGCUAAGAUUCUGUUCUCUGCUGUCUUUCUGCCAACCGUCGUAUCUGAAAUAAGUGACCAACAAAAACAUUUAAAGGCCAAUACACAUUUACAAUGAAAAAGUUUCAUAGGAAACAUCAGAAUGGAGCAGUUCCAUAAUUAGAUAGGGUAGUCAUACUUUUGUUUAUAACAUUACAUUGGGGCACUUGCAAAGUUUCUAACAAAUCAGUUCUUAACUUAUUACAAGUGGCACUCCCCAAUUUUUCCUAACAAAAGUUAACGUGUGGUGGUAAUGGGAACAAUAUGACACCACACCAUGAGAUCAUUUCCUCCCUUGCACAUGGCCAUGUUUUACUUUGUGAUCCGGCUUCUGACGACAUGGUCACUGGAGCAUCUUGGAGAAGCAAGGCCCCGGCACUUGGAGGGACAUAAAUACUUCCGCAUUAUAUUAACAGCAGAUCCUCUGUUCAGGAUACUUUCCACGUUAAAGUACAACGAACCCCACUAACAAUUACAGCAAGCGUCCUCUGUCCUGGUGUGCACAGGGGCUCUCUGCUGCAUGGCCGCUGAAUUCUGAACUUGUAACUAACUCUGGGACCCGCUCGCGGGAGGAGGCUGAUUUAUCUCUGUCACCCCAGCACAGCCACAAAACCUGGCACGUGGUACGUGCACAAAACCAACGUUAGUGAGGUCUGGACACUUAAGGCUUCCAAGUGACAGUGAAGCAGCGAGCCUGGAAAAUGAGUUUUUCUGGGUUCUAACCUGUCUGUGUUAAUUCACUUUGAGGCAAAGGUAGAUUUCGCCCGUCUACUGAGCUCCGGCUUAGUGUUUUCUUCCAAAGUCCCUGAAUGCACUCUGGCAGGAAGAUGGAGCGUAAAUCAGGCUGCUAUUCACUUGGGAGGCCGUAGUGUUUUGUGUCCGUUGUCCUCCCGCUGACCCCUGUCACCCCCGGGCCCCCCAAGCUGCUUGAAGCUCUGGAGCGCGGCAGCUGCGGGACAGGGGGAACUGAAAAGCCGCGGAACCAGAGGCGAGGGAGCAGCGCGGGCGGAGGAAGGACGAGAUGGGGAACCGGCAGGCCUAGCUGCGAGGCGGCGGCAGCGGCGUGGAGAUGGAGCCCCUGCGGGUCCUCGAGCUGUACAGCGGCAUUGGGGGCAUGCACCAGGCGCUGAGAGAAAGCUGUAUUCCUGCACAAGUGGUGGCUGCCAUUGAUGUAAACACUGUCGCUAAUGAAGUGUACGCGUACAAUUUUCCUCACACUCAGUUACUGGCCAAGACAAUUGAAGGAAUUACACUAGAAGAGUUUGACAAAUUGUCUUUCAAUAUGAUUUUAAUGAGCCCUCCCUGUCAGCCAUUCACCAGAAUUGGCCUGCAAGGUGAUGUGACUGAUCCAAGGACAAAUAGCCUCUUACAUAUUCUAGAUAUUCUCCCAAGAUUACAAAAAUUACCGAAAUACAUUCUUUUAGAAAAUGUUAAAGGUUUUGAAGUAUCUUCUACAAGAGACCUGUUAAUACAAACAAUAGAAAAUUGCGGUUUUCAGUACCAAGAAUUUCUAUUAUCUCCAACCUCUCUCGGCAUUCCAAAUUCAAGGCUACGGUAUUUCCUUAUUGCAAAGCUUCAGUCAGAACCAUUGCCUUUUCAAGCUCCUGGUCAGGUGCUGAAGGAGUUCCCCAAACUUGAAUCUGAACAUCCAGAAAAAAAUACAAUAGUUGCAGAAAAUAAAAUUGAAAGAAAGAAAAUUGAACCAAAUAUUUGCUUUGAUAAUGGCAGACAAUGUUCUGGAAAAGAAGCCAUUCUUUUUAAGCUUGAAACUAUAGAAGAAAUUGACCGGAAACAUCAGCAGGACAGUGAUCUCUCUGUGCAAAUGCUAAAAGAUUUUCUUGAAGAUGACAUUGACACGAAUCAGUAUUUUUUACCACCAAAGUCACUGUUGCGAUACGCUCUUUUGUUAGACAUUGUUAAGCCCACUUGCAGAAGGUCCACAUGCUUUACCAAAGGUUAUGGAAGCUACAUAGAAGGGACAGGAUCUGUGUUGCAGACCUCAGAGGACGUGCAGAUUGAGAAUGUCUACAAAUCCCUCACCAAUUUGUCACAAGAAGAAAAGAUAACAAAAUUAUCAAUGCUUAAACUUCGGUAUUUCACUCCUAAAGAAAUAGCAAAUCUCCUUGGAUUUCCUCCAGACUUCGGACUUCUAAGAACAUUUUACACUAAGAUGGUCAUGCUCUUCAAAAUCAUUUGCAACCAUGACCCAAACAAUUUCACUAUUUUUGUCUUGAUUUGUGAGUUUAUUCCUUUUUAAAUGUAUUUGUUCAGUAAAUAUGAACCUGUGCAGAGAAUUUUUUUGGCUUCUGAUUCCCAAACUACUCAAAUAAAUUUGUUGUAGUCACCAGAGGUUCUGAGUCUUAUUUUCAACUACAUCCAGCACUGAGAGCUCUCUCUCAAGUAUGCUGUACCUGAUUCCUAAAGCUUUCUCAAACUUAUUUUUCCUACUAAUAUGAACCUAGAUAGAAAUUUUCACAAAGGAGAAGAUAGGAAGGUAAUUUUCCCAAAGAGCUCUUCUGCAUAGCUCUGGGAUGUUCUCAUUUCUUUGCUCGUACAUAGCACGGUUCCAUUGUUUACUUCAAGGAUUUGCUCUGUAUUUUAUUUUGUUUGCACCUUUAUGCCUAUUCAUAUCAGGGCAGAUUUAAAUUAUAAGCGCACAAGUAGGGAACAUGUUUAUUUAGCCAAGUUGGCUCUAUAAUCAGAUGAGAUCACCUGAAGAGUCUAAAGAGAGAGAGGGGAGAGCAGAGGUCUGGAGUUGAAUUCUUAUCCAUUACUGAAGAUUCAGUCCUCAGGCCUCCCUACCCUUUACCAUCCAAGCCAUUUUUUCUAAGGUCUCACCCUUUCCUACAACUUCUGGGUUUUUUUGCCCAUGAUACCCAGGUAACUCCAGAUCUGAUACUGUUCCUCAACCCUGUUCUAGAAUUUUUGUGCUGGGAUAUUUUUAACUUGAGUAUCUUUCUGUCACAUCAAACUUAGCGUAUUUGAAAACAGUGAAUCGUCCUCCAUUUAAAAAUCAGUUCCACUCAUGAUUAAUUUCAAUAUUCCUCAUCAUGACACCACACUGCUUCUCUCCCAGUCUCCCAAAUUCAAAUCUCAUCACCCAAGGUCAUCAUCACCUUUUCUCUCACUCUAUUUCCAUUUAUCAGCUUCGGUUAAUAAAGUAGUCUUCCUAAGAAGGCCUUCCCUGCACAAUGAUUCACUUUAGGAAAACAGAAGAAGUCACUUUGAAACUUAAAGACAUACAUGCCCAUUUGCAACCAGAUUUGUAUGCUUGAGUCAACACUUGGACAUUGAGCAAAUUUCAGCCUUCUGAAUUUGAUCUAGCAUGAAUAUCACUUUUAGUAAGAUAGUUGUUAUUUUACUCAGUUCCUUACACAAGUACAAUUAAAUGUCACACAUACAAAUGAUUGAAAAUACCUGAUGGAAUGUGAAAGUCCUUAGAUAGUAGAUAUAAGUUGACUUUUCUGUUCAAAAAGCUCAUGCUACAGACGAUUAGACAAUGAGCUGGAUAGUUGUGGUGAUUCGAAUUUGUUUUAAGUGAAAAAUAUCCCAUGUUUUGGAGAAUGUAGACUUCCAGGAGGGCAGGGGUUUUUGAUUUUUCUUUUCCACUGCUACCUUCCCAGGGACUAAAAUGGUACCUGGCACACAGCGAGCACUUAAUAAAUAUUUGUUAAAUGAGUGACUAUGGCCACCAUACUGGACUGAUAUAGAAGCUGUCUAAAGGCCGUCACACUGUGGAAUUUAAACAGAGUCACUCUCCUGAGAACUAUUUCUGUUACUGCCACUUCCUCCAUACUUAGGGGAAUAGCCAAAUUUACUCAACUUUGGAACACAUGAUUUAAAAAACAGUUCUAGGAUAGGGCUUGAUCUUUUGGCUUUUGAGGAAGAUGUGCAGAUAGAAAUUUAAACAAAUAUGUAUUGUAUUCUGACUUCUUGUCUGGACAAGAGGGCAGGCUCAUUUCUCUUUGCUCCUUCCUAAGUACAGUGAUCAAUUCUGGGUAAGUAUGUUUAUAAAAUAAUGCAAGAGGCAUCAGAAAGAGAACUCUUAAAGGAGGGAAGAGAAAACAAACCAGCUAGGUAAUCCCAAGACUGGCAAGGGAACAUGGUUGCAGGAUGUCUUACAGUCUCCCAUCCAACAGAAGGAGAUGAUCCAAGUUGGGUGCUUCCUGACUCCGAACCUCACGUGGGAACCCGGCAUGGCUCAUUCCUAUCCCAGAUGGAACUGGGGUCCUGCUGCCAACACCAGGUGAGUCUGAUAUCACCAGCAAGUGCAAUAUAUAGGGAUCCCCACUGACAAGUGUCCAGGGGAAGCACUCUACUUUUCUGGAAUGCCUGAGAUUCAUUUCACUUACUGAGACACUGGACAGCCAGAGGACACUGGCAAAGGGAUCCCACCCCAAAAGGCCUGAUCCAGGAAUCCUUUUCAUCACCAUGGACAGGAGGCUCCUUACCUUAACCUAUAGGUGCCAGUGAGUUGGCCUGGUGAGAACUUCUUCCCCCUAAUGUAGGACUGUCGAGGACCACAUAGAGCCCCAGUGGUACAGAUAAACCAAGCAGACCAAAGCGCUCUGAAAGUUAAACUGCCAUUGGAACCAUAAACCAAAAAGUAGGCCAAGAUCUGCAUGCUAAACAUAAACAGAGUAGCUGCUUGCUAAAAUAAAAGAUGAAAAUAAGACCCAGAGUCUCCUAACAUAAUAGACAAAAUAUACAGGACACAAUCCAAAAUUAUUUGUCGUAUCAAGAACAAAUAAAAUCACAAGUUGAAUGUAAACUUAUGACACCACCAAAAUGAAUCAGAUGUUGGAAUUAUCUGACAAGGAUUUUAAAGCAGCCAUCAUAAAAAUGCCUCUACAAAUAAUUACAAAUUCUCGUGGAACAAAAAAUAGAAAGGCUUCAGUGAAGAAAUAGGUAGCAAAAAGUUUUUAAAAGUUAAUAAAAGAAUCACAAUGAUGUGUGCGUUAUAUCCCAAUUUUUAGAAAAAGAAAUAAUGGUGAUUAUAUAACUGAAAAAUACAAUAACCAAAAUAAACUUAAUGAAUGGUACAGUAGAAAUGACACAAGAUUAAAUCAGUAGCUUGGAAAUAAACCAAUAGAGUUUAUUCAAUCUGAAUAACAGAGAGAAGAAAGAUUGUAGGGGGUGGGGAAUGAACCUCUGUGAUUGGUGGGACAAUAACAAAAGUGUCAACUUUUGUAUAUUUGAAGUCCCAGAGGUAGAGGAGAAAAAAGAAUAGAGCUGGGAGAAUAUGCAAAGAAAAAAUGGAUGGAAAUGUCUCAAAUUUAGCAAAAGAUACAAUUGUGAAAGUUCAAUAAGCUGAGUGAACCAAAUAGAAUAAAUUUAAAGAAAUCCAUACCAAGAUACAUCAUAAUUAAAACACAAGAAAACUAAAAACAAAGAAAGAAAAAUCAAAAGCAGCCAGAGAGAAGUGACAUAUUACUAAAGGGGGAACACAGUUUGAAUGACAGCAGAUUUUCACCAGAUACCAUGGGGGCCAGAAGGAGGUGGCACAACAUUUUCUAGUUCUGGAAGAAAAGAAAGAACUGUCCGUGCAAAUUCUAUACCCCUCCCAACUAUCCUGCAAGAAUGAAGAGGGAAAUAAUGAUAUUUUCAAGUGAAGCAAAACUGAAGGAAUUUUUUGCUAGCAAACCUACCCGUAAAAAUGGCUAAUGGGGUUUUUCAAACAGAAAGGAAAUGAUAAACGGCAGCUUGGAGCAUCAGAAAGGAAGAACAAUGGAAAGAAUAGAAUUAGGAAUACAUACAAUAAACAUGCCACUCAUGGGUUUUAUGAAUCACAUUUGAUAAUUGAAGCAAAAAUUGUAAUUCCAUCUGACACGCAAGACGAUAUUUAAAAGGGAAGGUAAAGGGACCUCAAUGGAAGUGAGAUUUUAUUUCGUGGGAAGUGGUAAAAUGCUGAUACCAGGAGACUGUGAUAAGUCAUAGGUGUAUAUCGUAACACCCAGAGCGACCACUGCAAAAACUGCACAAAGGAAUGCACUCAAAACACCAUAACUAAAUCAAGUUGGGAUCCUAAAAAACAUUCAUUGGCCCACAGGAAGGCAAGAAAGGGGAAACAGGACUGAGAAGCAGAAGAAACAAACAAAAGUGAUUGAAUGGCAUACAAGCUCUACCAUAUCAAUAAUUACCUCAAAUAUAAUGGGUGAAAAUACACUAAUUAUAAUGUAGAUAUUGGCAGAGUGGAUUAAAAAAAGCAUUUAAUUACAUGCUAUUUACAAGAAACUCACUUCAAAUUAAGUGAUGUGGGUGGGUUGAAAGUAAACAUGAUGGUAAAAACAAGAAUCACGAGAGAAAUCUACCUUAAUGAUGUAAUUCAAGAGGACAAAAGGCUAUAGAAAUGAAGAUAUUAAACCCAGAAAAACUGGAAGCCUACUAAAUGGCCAACAAUAAGACAAUGAUGAAACCAACCCAAACAUUACGUGAUGAUGGAGCCCCUUUGAAAACCAGUUUGGCAAUUCCUCAAAAACUUGAACUGCCAUAUGACCCCAGAGGAUUGAAAAUACACAAACUUGUACAUGAAUGUUCACAGCGUUAUUCAUAAGGGCCAUUAUUCAAAGGGCCAUUAUUCAUGAUGGAACAGACUUCUAUGUUUACCAGUUGAACAAGUAAACACAGUGUGUGUAUCUGUCCGUACAAUGGAUUCAGCCUUAAAAAGGAAUGAAGCCUGACACAUGCCAAAACGCGGAUGCACUUUGGAAACAUGCUAAGUGAGAGAAGUCAGACACAGAAGAGCACGUGUUAUACAAUUUCAGUCUGUAUGAAAUGUUCAGAAUAGGUAAGGUAGAUUAGUGACUUCCAGGGGAAGCAGAAAUGGAGGGGUGUAGGAUUUCUUUCUGAGGUGGUGAAAGUGUUCUGGAGUUGUGAUGAUGGUACAACUCUGAAAACACUAAAAAACAUUUAACUGCACACUGAAGUAAGGUGAACUUUAUGGUAUGUGAAUAAAAAAUAGAAUUACUCUAUGACCCAGCAAUAGCACUACUAGGAAUUUAUCCAAAGGAUACAGGAGUGCUGAUUCAUAGGGGCACACACACCCCAGUGUUUAUAGCAGCGCUAUCAAUAAUAGCCAAAUUAUGGGAAGAGCCCAGAUAUCCAUCAGGUGAUGAAUGGAUAAAGAAGAUGUGGGGUGUGUGUGUGUGUGUGUGUGUGUGUGUGAUGGAAUACUACUUGGCAAUGAGAAAGAAUGAAAUCUUGUCAUUUACAACAAUGUGGAUGGAACUGGAGGGUAUUCUGCUAAGUGAAAUAAGUCCGUCAGAGAAAGACAGAUGUCAUUGAUUUUUCACUCAUGUGUGGAACUUGAGAAACUUAACAGAAGACCAUGGGAGAAGGGAAGGGGGGAAAUAGUUUCAAACAGAGAGGGAGGAAAACCAUAAGGGACUCUUAAAUACAGAGAACAAACUGAGGGUUUAUGGGGGUGGGGGAGAGGGGAAAAUGGGUGUUGGACACUGAGGAGGGCACUUGUUGGGAUGAGCACUGGGUGUUGUAUGUAAGCUAUGAAUCAUAGGAAUCUACUCCCGAAACCAAGAGCACACUGUAUACACUGUAUGUUAGCUAAUGUGACAAUAAAUUAUAUUUAAAAAUAAAUAAAUUCUAAAAUUUGCCACCCCCCCCCCAAAAAAAAAGUUGGCAUCAUGAAAAAGGUGAGAAAAUUUUUCAGAAUUAAAAGAUGCUAGAGGUGCCUGAGUGGCUUAGUCAGUUAAGAGUGUGAGUCUUGGUUUCAGCUUGGGUCAUGAUCUCACAGUUUGUGGGUUUGAGCCCCAUGUGGGCUCUGUGCUGACAGCGGUGGAGCCUGCUUGGAAUUGUGUGUCCCUCUUUCUCUGCUCCUCCCUUGCUUGUUCUCUAUCUCUCUCA